AUGUUCACUUCUACCUCACAGGGCUCUACCACAGGGCUAUGCGGUCCGGCCCACGCCCAACAAGGCAGGAUCUUCUCUAGCGUACAGCCCCACGCUUCCAAAUGCUCUCUCCAUCGACGCCGUUCACGUCCCCCCGCAGAUAUGCGCUACCUUCGGCCGCCGUUGCCGCCUGCCAUGGCUCCGCGCCCGCAGCGAAGCACACUUCCUCCCGCCCUCACCUGUUCACUGGCCUUGUUGACGGCCUUUGCAAUCAUCAGCGUCUCCCUCCUCGGCGUCUUCCCCACAGACUUCAAAGCCCCGCUCUACGUAACACAGAAGGACCUCACUACGGAGGGGCUCGGCGCUGCGCUCAUGCACUUGCGCAAGACUACAGUGCUUACACAUCAGCUCGGCAGCUGCCUUAAGGUCCCUGGUAUCAAAUCCACACAUGGAUACUACGUCCGCCAGUUCUUCCCGAAAUGCUCCGCGGCUCUGCCUUGGGGGCCCUCUGCGUGCCGCGUCAAGACCGUUCUCACGAAAACAGGCUGGAAGUAUUGGAUGGAGGGGGAGGGAGAUGUCCCCUUGAACCGCCUCGGAUCUUGCCGCACCAUUCACGUCAUCAACCCUGACCUGAGAGAUUAUGAGAAUCGAUACAACACUACCGCGUUUCUCGUUCAAAACCUCAAGGUGAGGGAUGAACAUCCGCUGAACUGCACUGGCAUCGACGCCGUCUUCCAUUACCGCUACGGCGACAUCGCCCGCGACCGGAGGCAGCGUGUGAGCAAGCAGGUGCACUACCAUGCUGUGCAUCGACUCAUUUCUUCGGGCAAGGUCUCGCCCUCAUCGCUGCUCAUUGUCACAGAUCUCACUGGGAAGAAGCACAUUGAAGGCCAGUUUCCGGGGGCAAGAUUUUUUACAAAGAAUGAUCCCGCAGCACUGAAACAGUGCGCCGGGAAGGCCACAAAGUUUAUUGGCGGCGGGAGCACAUAUGCCUAUGUAUGCUUCCAGAUGAUCAGGCCGAAUAUUGUGUAUACUGCCAACGUGAACGCUAAAUCUAGAGUGAGGUAUCCAAGAAAUAUGACGGUUGACAUAGCGAUGUGAGGACACCUUUAGACUAGAAGAGAUUUCGCUCUUGUAGAUGAGGGCCGUUCCUAACUCGCAGAGUCGCGAUCAGGAGAAUACAUCCAAAUGCGACCCAGAUGGUGAGACGUUUUGGCCUUGGAAUCGUCGCACAGUGGCUCUGGAACAUGAGAUGGCCACAUCUCUGGCUGCAUGUCCACUAUAAAAGUUUAUUUGUUUUCC